CUACAAUGGACUGUUCCACGACGACGGAGACAGAGUAUCAGUCGCUUAGCUUCAUUUAGCGCCGUUUAGCAUCGCUUAGCUCCGCUUAGCUGUUCGUUUGCUUCACUUAGCUCUCCCGCUGUUUUCACGCCACUAAGAUCGCUAUUUUUACAGCUCACUUGCUACUUUGCAUGUCGGCUAUCAUUUAUUUCGAACACAUGAGCGAACGUGCUCGCCAUGAGAGCCAAAGUGCAGUGAAGGACAAGUUCAGAACAGGCCUCUCAUGCCUCUUUUAACUUUCUUCUUCUUCUUCACAACGAACAUAAAAUACACGACAGCACACCCUGUGGCGAAACAAUGUAGUACAGUUCCAAUCAGUCAUACAAAAACACUCAACAGCUGGUUAACAGCAAAAGCACGUCAUGUUCGUCAUAUAAAUAAUGAUUUCUGGAGUUAAUCCCUGCGAUUGGCUGGCAACCAAUUCAGGGUGUCCCCUGCCUACUGCCCGAAGUUAGCUGGGAUAGGCUCCAGCACCUCCGUGACCCUCGUGAGGAAUAAGCGGCAUGGAAAAUGAAUGAAUGAAUGGAGUUAAUCCCACAUAUUUCAGAAUUAAUAUUAUAGUAUGUUGAGUAAAUACUACAUAAUACAGAAUAAGAAUAGCUUUCAAAUGACCCUCUUCAUGACAAAUAUGAUUGGCAGUGAAUAUUUAUUAUAAUUAUUUUACUACUAUUCUAUAUAGUAGUAUACUAUAAUAAUAUUGCUAGAAUUUUUUCUUAAGAAUUGUUUUGAAUAAUGUUGGAAAGGCAAAGUCAGUGUUGUGAAUCUGUUUACUUUCUAUUCUUUUGCACUAGUAAAUGCUAUCAGCAUUUAACCUCAUUGUUUAUUUGUGAUUAAUUAUUGUUAUUUACAUGAUUAUUUGUACUUUAUUAAAGAAUUUAAGUGUUCCAAAAUGGUACUGUGAAUAAAUAAACGUCAACAAAAAUGUCAUUGCUAAAUUAGUUUAAAAAAAAAAAAAAAAAGAAAAAGAAAAUUAUUAGAUUAGUCGACUAAUCGUAAAACUAGUCGGCUGACUAAUCAGGAGAAAAUUUGUCGUUUAGGAUAGCCCUAGUGUACCGGAACAUAUUUACUUCACACCCUUCUCACCUGUUUAACCCCAGACCCAAGAGGUGGGCCCCUGGAUAUGUUCGCCUUAGCCCCCAAAAUUGCCAAGUCCGCCACUGAGUAUACCUUUACAGCUUGACAAAGGAAAGAGUGUGAGCGCCCCUUGUUGGUUGGUGUGUAACCUGUUCCCUGCGGUCCUGCAGGCAUUUUCCCAAGGUCCUAGCGCCUUUUAAGUUUCACUAUGUUAUAUUUUCAACAUGCUGAGCUCUUGUUCACACAACACACAUUGUGCGUUAUAUGAAGCUAAGUAGCUUAUGAUACACAAACGGAGGUAAAUAAUUUUCCGGCCAGUGCAACCAAAUAGGCUUAACAAAUAACAUUACCGUACCCUAUCAUGCUCAAAAAGCGAGUCGAAUGUUUUGAAAGUAAAACAUUGUUAAGUUACACACGGAAGAUGAAGAGAUGGCAUAGUUGCAUAGCUUGCAUUUCGCAAUAAGUUUUUACUUGGCCUACAUCUCCGUCUCGCGAGACCUUGCCGUUGCCAUGGAAGCAGAGGUCGCGGUCCUGACCAAUAUACAAAAACGUUGUAAACUAAGGAGAAAGUUCAAAUUAUGGCAGAAGCAUCACAUAUCUUGGAAUAUAGCGAUGUGAUGGACAAUAACCUUGAGGUAAACGAUGAAGAGCAUGGGGAGAACAUGAAAGAUGAGUUUCUCAGCGAGCAUUUGGACUUAAUCAACCAAAGCCCUGAAAUCAGCCAAAGCCCUCAACCAGAUCAAAUUGGCGACAGAUUUGAACCAGACGGCCGUCAGAUUUUGAUGAACGAGAUGAGGGAGCUGACGGAUGUCAACGGUCGCCUCUUCAAACUACUAAGCGAAAAAGAUUUUGAAAUCAAACGCAUGAAGAAAAAAUGGGAAGACGAGAAAGUGUUCCUCUUAGCUGGUGCAUCCGGCAUGUCAGGUGAUGCAGCUGCAGUUAAGAUAGUGGAGUUGUCCAAAAAGAACCGAGAACUGACUGCCGAAGUGGAGCAAGAGAGAACAAAGUCCAAACAAAAGAGCAAUAGAAUUAAAGUACUUGAGAAUGAUCUACAAACUGCUCAGCAGUCACUACCAGGGCAAAUGUUUGACCGUAGUUUGCAGAAGCAAAACUUCUCUAAAGAGGAAAAUCCAGUGGUCAAGUCUCUGAAAGACAAAUUAUCUGCUACCCAGCUUAAAGCCACAGAGUAUCGCAACCAAGUUCAGUCUCUCAAGCAGGAGUUAAAAAUCGCCCACAAGGUUCUCACAAGUGAGUUUGGAGUAGACGUCAGCGUUCAGCAGUUACUUAGAUGUGCUGGGACCGUUAGAGGACGUGCACAACAGAUUCUGGCUCUUCAAUCAAGGGUGCGUGACUUGGAGCAGCAACUGAGGUCACCUCUAGCAACUGUUUUGAAUGUGUAUGAAGAACAACGUUCGAGAAAUUCCCGUAUAAAUCAAGGCCGUAAUGCUGGCUACAGCCGCAGUGCCGACAAGGAGAAAAAGGAGGCUUUUCAAAGACUCUCGGAAAACAACGAAGCCUUGCAGAGAGACUGCAAUCAAGUGAAGAAAGAGCUGGAAGCUUCCAAAGCCAGGAACAAAUGUCUAACUUCUGACAUGAAAACGCUCAAGUCUCAGAUUUCCUCCCUGUUAAUUAAGAGCAAACACGAUGACGAGCUGAUUGAUGCUAUACUGAAGGAAAAAAGUCGCAUGCUGGAGAUGUUGAAUCAGCUCACCAGUCAGAACAUGACCAGCCAACUAAACUCAGGACAGUCACUGAGCAGCGAGCUCGCUGAACAGAAGAUGCUCAUUCAGAACUUAUACCAAGUGAUCGCUGAUAAAGAAAGCACCAUUAAGGAAUUAGAGGACAAAAUCAAGAAGUUCUCCAAUGAUCAGGCCACUACUGACAAAUAAUGUUGAAAAAUUUGUUGGGGAAAAAAAGAUAUCAGAUGUCAAUACACUAUUUCAUGUAAUAGCUUAUAUCAGUGCUGGUAUUAGACAUUUCAGGCCUCGAGUGUUUCACUUAUACAAGCCAAACACACCUGAGUGUGCAAUGUCCACUUGUUACUUGUGUUUUUGGGAGUUUUGUCGCCCUCUGCUGGCGCUUUGGUGCGACUGAUUUUAUGGGCUUUAGCACCCAUGAGCAUUGUGUAAUUAUAGAUGUCAACAAUGGCGGGCUACUAGUUUAUUUUUUGAUUGAAAAUUUUACAAAGUUUAUUAAAAUGAAAACUUUAAGAGGGGUUUUAAUAUAAAAUUUCUAUAACUUGUACUAACAUUCAUGUUUUAAGAACUACAAGUCUUUCUAUCCAUGGAUCGCUUUAACAGAAUGUUAAUAAUGUUAAUGCCAUCUUGUUGAUUUAUUGUUAUAAUAAUACAGUACUUAUGUACCGUAUGUUGAAUGAAUAUAUCCAUCUUGUGUCUUAUCGUAUAUUGAAUGUAUAUAUCCAUCUUGUGUCUUAUCUUUCCAUUCCAACAAUAAUUUACAGAAAAAUAUGGCAUAUUUUUUAGAUCAGGGGUCAUGAAUUAAAAAUCCUCUGGGUCCGAAAUGAAAAAAUUACAACAAUCUUGGGUCCGGAAAUAUUUUUAAUGCUUCUUUUUUUUCCCAAAAAUACAAACCGAUUUUUACGUGGCCAUGCUGAUAAUUACAACAUUCAAAAAUGUAAAUAAAAUAUAAA